CACCAGCUCCAGAACGGCUGAGCCACCGGCUCCAGAGCAGCUGAGCCACCAGCUCCAGAGCGGCUAAGCCACCAGCUCCAGAGCGGCUGAGCCACCAGCUCCAGAGCGGCUGAGCCACCAGCUCCAGAGCGGCUGAGCCACCAGCUCCAGAGCGGCUGAGCCGUAUGAGCGGCGAGCCACCAGCUCCAGAGCGGCUGAGCCGUAUGAGCGGCGAGCCACCAGCUUCAGAGCGACUGAGCCGUAUGAGCGGCGAGCCACCAGCCCCAGAGCGGCUGAGCCGUAUGAGCGGCGCGGCCAUCUGGUCGGAGCAGACGCCCGGAAAAACCAAACAUAUAGAAGUGUGGUGCGAAGAAGUUGGGACGCAAUAUGUUUUUCCCUCCCCGGACAAGGGAACUGAGAGUAGCAGCCGGAUAUUUUUUGAGUAAAUUGUGGGGGAAUAAAAGUAACUCCCGAUGUCGUCCAUGGAGACGCAGCCCUACAUCAGGACCAUCGAGUGGGAGAUGCUGGACAAGCGGAAGUUCAUCCCUCUGUCGAUCGCCAGCUCGUUCAGCAUCCGCUGUAUGCUGUACCCCUUCACUGUCAUUAAAACCCGUCUGCAGGUUCAGCGCCACCACAGCGUCUACAACGGCACGUUCGACGCCUUCCGCAAGACAUUCGCCAACGAGGGCUUCGCCGGGCUGUACCGCGGCUUCUGGGUCAGCGCCUUCCAGCUGGUGUCGGGCGUUGCGUACAUCACCACGUACGAGACCGUGCGGCACGUGCUGCAGAACUGCGGCGUCCAGGACAGCCGCGUGCGGGCGCUGGCAGGCGGCGGCGGCGCGUCGCUGGUCGGCCAGACCAUCAUCGUGCCGUUUGACGUCAUCAGUCAGCACCUGAUGGUGCUGGGCCAGGUGGAGCUGCGGCCCGGCAAGGGCACGCGUCGUCUCAACCCGCUGCGCAUCCAGUACGAGAGCAUCCCGCGGCGGAGGAUAGCGUUGGAGAUCAUAAAAGAAGUGUACAAACAAGACGGCGUCCGUGGUUUUUAUCGCGGAUACUUCGCCUCCAUUUGCACAUAUGUACCCAACUCAGCGUUGUGGUGGUCAUUCUACCACUUUUAUCAAGAACAGCUGGUGAAGGUGCUGCCACCUAGCCUGUGUCCGCUACUGCUGAUGCAGAGCUUGUCGGCCACGCUGGGCGGCGUCACCACCACAGUGCUGACCAACCCGCUGGACUGCGUGCGAGCCCGCUACCAGAUCCAGCGCGUCAGCUCGCUGCCCGAGACGGUGCAGGCACUCUGGGCCGAGGAGCGCUGGGGCAUCUUCACCAAGGGCCUGUCGGCGCGUCUCGUCUCCUCCAUCACCUUCUCCUUCAUGGUCGUGCUCGGCUACGAGUCGGUGAAGCGGUUGAGCAUCAACGACGAGCUGAAGCCGCUGGUGCGCUGGUAACGACGUCGGCGCUCUGCCGGGCGCCGCCACUCAGUAGUCACACAUAACUCAGGCGCUAUAGCUGACGCCGUGCCUGUGACACGCGCCGCGGGCUGACGCUCGUCCCCCGGCGUUCUGACGGGUAGACUGCGUGUUGAGCUGAGGCUGAGGCUCGACGGCCGUCGUCCCCAGCGGUGCAGAUGCGGCGUCGUUAGGACCACCGUGCGCUCAGUGCAGAGAGUUUCCGACUCUCCGAGGAGGAGCAACCACGGUGCAGAGCUUCGUCGGGCUGGCGUUAGCUAGAGGUCGGUGCGUAGACCCCAGGAAAGAAGACGUGCGAAUCCUGUGAUGGUGUGGGCUCCGCUCGAGGCGUCAGCGAGCGCGUCGAAUGGGUACGUGUAGGCCUCCGAUGUGAUUUGACUCUGAUUGGAGCAGGAGGUCCGCUCUCCGAGGAACCAGUAGUGGAUUUGUUGGUUUUAUUUAUUAGUGGCUAUUCACCCAUUCACCCGUCCGUGUAAGUCAACAGGUGAACUUUGUUUGAGUUCCUGAGCUGCCGACUGGCGUGUUGCCGGGCCCGUUGCGACGUUGUUCAUCCGGUGCACGAGCUGGAACAUUACGACACCGUUUUGGUGUUACUGCGGUGACCACCAAGGCCGUUUUAAUUGGGCUCUCGAGCUAGUCGUAGAAGCAUCAACAGUGACCACAACUAGGUAUUGGCGCCGUUAUAUUGUGCUGCGCUCGUUGCAGUGUUACUACGCUUACGUAGCGCCCGCCGCGCUGCAAGCUCCGCCCGUCACCUCGCGCGCUCCCUGGUUUUAACGUCCCACUUCCGCGGGAUGCAUUUUGCUCACUUGAUUUUGCGUUGUUCGGACCUCGGAAACAGUCGAACGCAAUCCUGUUUUAUGGUGUCAACAGUCGGGUUUGGGCGGACAUUGGACCACGAGUGCCGCUUGGAGCGUGGCCACAAGCCUCGGGAGUCUGCCACCGUGAGCGGGGACGGGUCUUGUCACGGCCGGGGUCGGGCGGCCGGACCUCGGACCACGUGUGUCCCUGCGGGCCAUGGCCCCGAGCCCCGAGAGCCUGCCGUGACUUGGGGGUGGGUCACGGCAGACUGGACGGGUCACGUCCUGUCACGCUUUGGGAUCGCGCUGCGUCCGGACGUCGUCGUUCGCCCGCCGUCGGCGUCGGUCGGGUGCAGAGCGGGGCUCCGGCGUCAUCGGCCUGGCAUCCAGAGGGGGUCCGCGGUAGACCAAUACCCAUGUGCCCUGUGAUUGGUGCAGCCCGCUCAUCGUGUAACGUAGGGGAGGCCUAGUCGGGAGACUGGAUGUGCGCCACUGUGGAAUGUUCCGGCUCAGAAUGCAUCGUCGGUUUGCAUUAUGCGUAAAGUUCGGGUAAUUCUGCUGUUCUGGACUCGUCUUCAGAUUUUUUGGCUGCAGAUGACUAUUUGAUCGGACGUGACUGGGUACUGGGAGGCGUUGAAAUACACCGU